AUGUUCGCGGCUCCCAGGCGGACCGAUGCCGCGGAGGCGUACCGCCGGGAGCGUCGAUCGCGGCCGGCCAGCGCCCCGGCGGCGGGUCCCGGCGGCCCCGGAGCCCAAUCGCGAAAACGGCACACGUUGACCAACAAUGGGGAUGCCGGGGAUGCCGACGCCCCGGUGGUGGCCGCCGUGCGGGUGACGAACCGGUCCGGCGCCCACGUGGCGCAGCGCGAUCGCGUAUCGAGCGUCGCGGAGCUCGGCGUCGCGCAGCUCAGGGUGCGGCAUCCCGACGAGGAGUCGUCGGAGUGGCUCAGCGAGUGGGGGGACGCCCCGGAGGGUCCGUCGGGAUUCGGGCCCUCCAAGGUUCGGCCGGGGUGGAAGGGCGGCGGCGAGGCUCCCGGCCCGAGCGACGGCAGGUUCCGCGCGCUACCCGCUCGGGCGUCGCGCCCGAGGCCCGUGCCACUCGCGCCGCGCGUCUCGGACGAGCCCGACAGCCUCGGCAUCGCCGGCGUGGAGGCGAAGCUCCGCCGAUGGCUCGUCACCAACCGCCGCGUGCACGAACCGCGAAGGCUGACGUUGCUCCGAAUGCUCGGCCGCGGAUUGGCCAGCCCAAACGGAGGCCCGGGCGCAGACAGCGGUAGAUCGUUCGCCGCCCAAGCACGGACCCACGGCGACGAGUACGGGCACGGGGACGAGGAAAACGACGACGCCGACGCCGUCGUCAACUCGACGUUUCACCCCAACAAAACCGUAAACGGUCUGCCCGUCAACGCCAAGGGUCAACCGGUGGGACUGAAGAACGCGUCGUUCCCGGACCCGAGGUACGCCGCCAUCGACGACGACGGCGAGCCGCUCCCGCUGGAGGAGCGGCGCCGGUUCGUCCCCGCGCUGCCGCCGAGCAAGCGCGUGUAUCACCCGCUGUGCGCCAGGCCGGGCCCGAGGGUCCGCGACGGCACGUGGGACUCGCCCAUCGACGUCCCCCGGCGCCUUGACCUCAACGACGAGCCAACCGACGACGACGUGAACGGCCCGGCCGCUACGAUCCGUCGUCGCCCCGUCGUCGUGAUGACCAAGACGCAGUUCCACCGCGCGUGCGCGCUCGGCGGCGUGCCGCUGAGCGACUCGGACGUGGAUGACGUUUUCCGUAAAUAUGGCGGCGUCAACGGCGGCGCGAUUGCGCGAGACGGCGGCGUCGCGCUCACCCUGGAGCUGGAGAAGUUCGCGGAGGCGAUCGUUUCGAUGCCGCAGCGCGCGCUGGGCGCGAAACCGGCGCGCGCGCUCGAUACGUCCUUAGGGGCGACGAGACUUUCGGGAAGUGCGGAAAAAUCACCCGCCGAUAAGAUUGUCUACCCUCCGUGUCGCACCGGCGUGUUUGCGCCGUCCGACUGGGACGAUCGCCACGCCGGUCGAAGCGCGCGAAGGCCCGAGGAGGAUCUCACGGUGGAAUGGGCGUACGGCUGCUCCGUCGCGGGCAAGUGCGGCAUGCUCGCCGCGGCGCCGAAGACUUGGUCGGAUGCGCCCGAGAAGACUUGGGCGGGCGCAAGCGAGCCGCACGGACCGACCCGCGACGACGAACUGGACGACGAGUGGAUCAACCAGGGUGCCGGGGGAUACAGGGGCGUCGUGUGGGUGUACGCGUGCGGCGCCCUUGGGGUGGUGUUCGACGCGAGCGCGUGGCGACAGCGGUUCUUCCGCGGGCACGACGACGAGAUUGUCUCUCUCGCCACCCACGCUUCCGGUCGGUGGGCGGCGACGGGCCAGCGAAGCGGCAGGGCGCCGUGCGCGUGCGUCUGGGAGAUUGCGACCGGGAAAGAGGUGGCGAGGCUACGGCACGAGCCCGGGGAGCGCGCGGUCGUCGCCAUCGCGUUCGGACCGGGGCUCGGGGACCCGAACGUUCCGGGUGGCGGCGCCGCGAGGAUCGCGACGAUAGCCGCGGAUUCCAAGCACACGGUGCGCGUUUGGGACUGGGGCGGGGGCCACCCCGGACGGCCCAAGCCGGCGGUGUUGACCAGGGCGGUGGGUUUCAGCGGGACGCCGCCGCAGGUGUUCGGCGCGACGUGGGCGCCGGACGCGGACAGGUUCGCGACCUUUGGGGUGAAGCACGUCAAGCUGUGGACGCCGGCGAAUGAGUCGGAGUCGUCCUUCGUUUCGUCGGGAUCGAGGCCCCAGGGCGCCGACGCCGCCGCCGCCGCCGCCGCGGCACGGCGACGCGCGGAGGCGGCGCGUAACGCGGCGUUGGCCCGGGGCGCCAACGCCGCCGCCGUGGAGUACGCUGGGCGCGUGUGCGUCUACGGGACGGCGGCGAGGGUGUGCGCGAGGGAGUUUGGCGUCGACCAGUUGAACCACCUCAAAACUUGCUCGUCGUCGACGACGCCUUACUCGCGCGGCGGGUCGGUGUCGACGGCGACGUCCUCGGACGCGCUGUGCGGCGCGUUCGUGCCGGGCUGCCGCGGCCGCAGGCUCGUCACCGGCCACGCCGACGGCAAGCUCUACGUGUGGUUCGAUCGAACGUGCGAGAGAGUCGUGGACGCGCACGGCGACUUUCCGGUGCGAGCGAUGACGGUGCAGAUGACGAUGCGGGAGCGAGCCGCGAACGCGAUGGCGCACGCGUCUCUCAACUCGAACGAUGUUGACGGGGGGUAUGACGGCGACAACCCCGGGCUCGGAGGGAGGCUGCCGGGUCUCGGCGUGGAGAUCAUCACGGGCGCGCACGGGGGGCUGGUUCGAAGGUGGGACGUCGUGGAGGAUUGGGCCAUCGUCCGAGCGGAGACGUUGGGCAACGAGGCGGCGAUUCCCCGCGAGGCGCCGAGGGGUUUUCGCGGGUUUGGCGAAUCAUCAGAGGUUACGGGUUCGAUUCCUCCGUUCGGCGGAGUUCAGUCGGAAUCGCGUCACGUGCGCGCGGUGGCCGCCGCGGGCGACGAGAUCGCCGCCGUCACCUCCGCCGGUGACUUGUGGCUCCUCUGGGACGGCGAAGAGGACGCUUUACCUGCGGUGAUCGAGGAGGAGGAAAACGACGACGGGACGUGGGAAUCGGGGGAGCUACCGCCCGCGUCCUUACCCCGGCCCCUCGCGCGAGGCCAGGCGGGCGCCGCCCUCGCUGUGGCGUGGCAUCCGCACUGGGAAGGGGUCUUCGCGAUCGCGAGCGGGUCGCCGAGAAUCGUCGUCAGGGACGCGAUUGCCAAGGACGUGCUGGGAACGGUGUGGGCGUGCGAUCCAACCCCGGCCAAGGCCACCGCGAUCGCGUUCUCCCCCGCGCCCGCCACCCUCGACGACGGGUUCCUCCUCGCGGUGGGCACGGAGUCGGGAGAGGUGAGGCUGUUCCGCCUGCUCGAGGGGCGGGUCCGGGGAAAACGGCAGCUGGUGGGGAGGUGCGUCGCGGGCGCCGUUCACCGCGUUAACGGCGGCGCCAUCACCGCGCUCGCCUUCUCCCCCGACGGUAACAUGCUCGCCGCGGGUGGUCACGACAGGUGCGUGAGCCUGCACGAGGUGUGCGAGCGUCCCGCGUUUCCCGACGCGUCGGAAACCGGGCCGGAGCUGCCCGACGUCGAACUCGUCAGGAGAGCCCGGUGCAAGGGACACUCGAGCACCAUCACCAGCGUCGACUGGUCCGGGGACUCGUGCUCGCUGCGGUCCACGUGCCGCGGGUACGAGAUUUUGCACUUCAGUUCGCCCUCGGGGAGGCAGGCGGUCGGGGACUUUCGGGACGCGGAGUGGCGCGAGUGGACGUCGCCGCUGGGGUUUCAAGUCAUGGGAAUUUUCGGCGAAGACGAAUUUUCGGCAAACAAGUCGGGGGGCGCCAAGUCGGCGAUGCGCGUCGAGGGCACGGACGUCAACUCGGUGUCCAGAGCCGGCGCGAGGAACCUCCUCGCCGUCGGCGACGAUUUCGGCCGCGUCAGGCUGCUGAACUACCCGUGCGUCGUCCCCGGCGCCCCCGCCAACGAGCAGCUCGAGGCUCACGCGAAUAAAGUCGCGUGCGUUCGAUUUUCGCCCGACGUCGGCGGCAACAAGUGGCUCGUCACCGCGGGGGGCACGGACAGGGCUGUCGUGCAGUGGAGGCUGGUGAACGAAAACGGCGAUCCGGUGGGGGACGUCGGAGACGGAGACGGCCACGAAAACGGCCACGAAAACGGCCACGAGACGGAGGAGACGCUCGGAGCUGCUCGCUCUGGAGACGGAUACGAACAGUCGCCCGGAUACGAACAGUCGCCCGGAUACGAACAGUCGCCCGAAUACGAACGGUCGCCCACGAAGGACGAGAGCGGCGGCGACGGGAGCGCGAUGGGGAUGUCCACCGGCGGGUCGCUGCACGAUCCGCUGUUCGCCCAAGACGCGGAGGGCGUCGGGGACUUUGACGAGGACGAGGUCUUCGGGCGAAUGGAUCCCGCCGCGUUUGGAUUGCCUGGCGUCGGCAGCCAGACGUUGAGCACGUCAACUCGGCGCCCCGCGGACGGACCGGAGGGGUACCGCAGGAGGAAGAUGGAGGAGAUCAACGCGCAGAUGGACCAGCUGCUGCGCGCGGCGAGGCCCGCGCCGCCGAGACGCGAACGAAGGAGCCUGCGCGAACGGCGGCGGCGGGAGGAGGAGGAGGAGGAGAGGAAGAGGAGGGAGGGAAGGAGCGAAGGAACGGCGGACGACGCCGACGCCGAGCGACGUCGAGCGAUGGCGGAGCUCACGGCGUCGCCGCCCGCUCCGCGGCGGCGCGCCGCGGCGGCCGCGACGAUGCCCCCGCCCCUCGCGGAGGAACGUUCGUUCGUUCCCACCGAGGAGAGGCGCCACCCCAGCCUCGACGACGACGACGACGACGGGGACGGGACGUCGUUCGAGUCCGAGUCGCCGGAUCCCCUCGCGGCGGCGCCGAGCCGCGCGCAGCUGCUCAUGUCCGGCGCCUUACCUCCCCUUUCAGAAGACGCCGAUCGCGACUCUUCGGCGCUCUUCGAGGAUGGGGCUCUUUCGGGAACGGCGGGCGGGACAGGUCGAGCGUCCCCGCCGGCGUUUCCGCACCUCGCGCCGUCGUCGGACCCGCUGUCGCCGCCGUCGGCGAGCGACGAGGAUUGA